AUGAACUAUAGCUACGAGCAGAUAAACGAAGUGGUAAUAGGGAAACAGAGGAACGACGGAAGCGGAGAGGAACAGGAAUACGGAACCCCGCGGGGAUUUGAAUUUACACAGGAAAGAGGAGAGACAGGGAAUAGACUGAAGGACACGCCGACGGGUAGAGGAUCAAGAAGAGGAGGAAGAGGAAGGGGAAGGGGACUGAAACAACGAAGUUUAUCGGAGAGCUUUGCAAAAGACAUAAAAGAAGGAGGAAAGAGAAAGGAGAGGAGCCCAGCGGAGGACGAGGCAAAGAAGAGAGAAAAGGUCGAGGAAGGAGAAGAGAGAAGCCCGUUUGAGAAGAGUAACCUGACGCUGAGGACACCACCGAAGAAAGGAAACGAGAAAGAGAUAGAAGACCGGGAAAUGGAGAAAUUGCAGGAAACCCUGAACAAUAUAUGUGAAGGGAUGAAAGAAGAGAGGAACGAGAGAAAAAGAAUGAUGGAGAAGUGGGAGGAAAAAUGGAAAGAAAAUGAGGAAAGGAUAAAGGAAGCCCUGGAAGAAUUCAAGAAGAAGAUGGAACAGGAGAGAGAGGAAAGAAUAGAGAUGGGAAAGAGAGCAGAGAAGGCGGCAGAGGAGGAAGGUAAAAGAAGGGAACAACUAAAGGAAGAAAUGCUAGAGAAAAUAAAAAACCUAGAGGAGAGAUUUGAGGAGAGAAUGCCGGAAAGAAGCAGAGAAGGACCAGAGCAAGAUCGAAGGGAAAAGAGUGCAGAAGAGGAAGAAAGAGAAAAAAGGCAGAUGGAAGAACUGGAGUGGAGAAUAGAAGAGGGAGAGAGAGAGAGGAAGAGAAACAACGUGGUGAUAUCAGGAAUCAGAGGAGAAGGAUGGGACAAGGAUAAGCUGAAGAGCUGGGUAAGAGACAAACUGAGAAUAGAGAUAGAAUUCAAGAGAGUAUGGACAAUAAGAGGAAGAGCCAACAGCAAAAUAGGAGCUCAGUGCAAAGACGGAGAAGAGAAAGAAAAACUGAUGGGGAUGAAGAGCGCGCUGAAAGGGACGGACGUGUUCAUCGACCACGACACGACCUGGAGGGAGAGAAGGACGAGGGAGAAACUGAACGAGUUAGCAAAACAGUGGAAGAGAGAGGGUCACACAAGAGGAAGGGACAGCUUUUUCGAAGAGAGACAGGAAAAAGGGCAGAGGACAGAAGAGCAGAAGGACAACACAAGGGAGGAGACCAAUGAGAGCAUAAAGGUAGUAAGCUGGAACGUGGCAGGGAUAAAAGGACUAGGAGAGGAGGGCUGGAGAUACCUAAAAGUGUUCGAUGUGAUCUGCCUGCAGGAAACAUGGAUGGAAGAUGGAGAAGGAGACAAGAUAAAAAAGAGGCUAAAAGGAUACGAAAUCGAGGUAAGAGAAGCAAAUGGGGUGCUCGGUGAUUGA